AUGAUUGGAGAACGUCCUAUGACUGGCAUCGCCCGACCGCCUUCUGUUGGUGUGAAUCCGAUCAUUCGUCCGGUCACACAACAAGGACUGAGCGGCGGCAGAGCGGUCAGCAGACUUCGCACUGGAAGUAUGCGUCAAGUACACGACAAAUCCUACUAUAUGGGCGUCCUUCGAGUAAAAAUGAACCAGUUGACAGCUGAAAUCGCCCAUCUCGAAGAGAUUUACCAAAAAGGUGAACGUGAUCGCUCGGAACUUGACGCCUACGAACAGAGAGCGAGAAAGAGUGCCACGGAGCUAAAAGAACUACAAGGGAAAUUAAUCGAUUACAACGUCUUGGUGGAUCGCAUGCAUAUGAAUCACGAAAUGAACGAAAUCGAGGCGGAAGCACGUCGCGAAAAAGAAAUAGCAGAUGAUGUGAACGGAUGGUCUGAUUUACGAAUGAUUACUUUAGCUCGUGAGAUCGAAAUUGAAGAAAUUGCCACGGAGAUCGAUGAGCAGAAACGCCUGAAUCAGGCAAUAUUAGCCGGCAUGGAUCCUAGUAUUCGUGAACACUACGAGGACGCUAAGGAGCAAUGUGAAGCCUUAAGAGCUGAAGUAGAAGAGAUGGAGGAGGAACUGAACAAUUUAAACGAAAGAAAAGACCAACUGGAAAAAACUUUCUUAAUAUUUACAGUACAAAUGCGACGAAAUCUUGACGACCUACAAGUGAAGGAAGCAGCACUGUUAGCCGAGAAGGAAGCACAAGAGACACCCGAACAAAAGAAACAAAAACUCAUUGAAGAAAUCAAAACGAAUAACGAACAAAUUUCGACAAUGGAAAAACAGAUUUUUUCUUUACAACGGCUUAAUAUGUUGGCAUUAGUUGGAACAAAACAAAGAGGUCCUCUAUUUAUCGAAUUUAAUGACAAGUUUCCAGCGAAGAACAGUGAGAAGUAUCGCGAACUAAUGAUUAAAGAACGAGAAUAUGACGAAUUUCUUGAGGGAUAUGAACAUCAAAAACAGACUCUUAACAAGGAACUAGAAGCAUACACUGACGAUAUUGUUCGCCUGCUGCAAAAGAUAUCUGCUAACAUUAUGAAGCUAGAAUCAGCCAAUGCAACUAGUAACAUCGUCGAUCGAGAUGAACUGCUUCUUUUGCAAGAGAACGCCUCACCGACAGAGCUUCAGAACUUGCAUGUUCGACUGCAAGAGGAGAUGAUGCUAUUAGAAGAAAACGAGACACGUCUAAAAUCAGAAAUCGCAACCCUUGAGCGGCGAUUGGGCGAGUUGUCCGAAGAAUACGCGUCGUACAGCGAUCUUGACAAGAUCUCUGUCAGAGCUGAGAAAAAUAUACAGAAGUUAGAGCAACGUCGUGACGAGUUAGAGAGUGUGUUACCGGAACAUGAAGCGCAUUGUGAACGCCUACGGGUAAGACUACGUGAACUUACUGAGAAACUUGAAAACAAUCCAAGAUAUGCAACGCAAAAAAACCUAAUGCGAAAGUUGGAAAUGCUAAAAGAGAGUAACGCACGUCUACGUGCUGAAGUUGAAGCACGUGAAAGUGAGACGAACUACGAACCAAUCAAAGCUGAGGUGAGACGUCUACGUACGCAAUACAACGAAUAUUUAGUGAAUACUAUCGGUCGGAAGUGA